AUGGAGGUCGAGAUCAAGCUCCGGCUCCCCGACGCGGCCGCACACCGGCGCCUCUCCUCCUUCCUCGCGCCCCGCCUGCUCCGCACCGACGCCCCCGCGUGGCCCCUCGCCGCCGCCACCGCCGCCCAGCGGGUCUGCCUCUACGGCACCGACGACCGCGACCCCUCCCGCGCCGUCCUCACGCUCAAGCGCCACCCGCGCAUCGACGCUGGCGUCAGCCGCGUUGAGGAGGUCGUGGAGCCCCUCGACCCCGCCCUUGUCCUCACCUGCGUCGACAACCCCGCCCGUCUCGGCGCGGUCGACUCCCCCAUUGUCCGGCUCGUCUCCGACGAGUACGGCCUCGGCAGGGACAAAUCGCCGUUCGUCUUCCUCGGCGACUUCCGGAACACCCGCGGUGUGUAUGAGCUCGAGGAGUGCGAGGGGCAGGGGCUCGUGCUAGAGCUCGACGAGACACACUUCGAUUUCGGCACAAACUACGAGAUGGAGUGCGAGACCGCGGAGCCCGACCAGGCCAAGGAGGUCCUGGAGCGGCUGCUCACCAUGGCUGGGGUGCCGUAUGAGUACUCCCGGAGCAAUAAGUUCGCGUGCUUCAUGGCCGGGAAGCUGCUUCCGUGACUAGGUUUGUGGUUGGUCUUUACCGUGUCCCAAAUGAUGAUUAAACCGUGGUUGCUAUAAAACUUGUGUUUCAUUAGCACUUUCU